UCCCGGACGUGAGCACUCUCAUUUCCUCUCUGAUAAAACUGGUUAAAACUUAAGGAUUCUGUUAUUAGAAAUCAAACUUCACAAUUUUGAAACGAAAGUGCAACACUUUAUUGUUUUUAUUACGUACUUAUUAAAAUGUCAUGAAGUGAAACUCCCAUCGCUUCAUUUUCUUAAAAUGUGUGACGGAUCGACGCAUAAUUUUAACAAAUAACACCUCUUUAGGUGUUUCAAAACAAUGUUGCACCAACGUGCAUUACCGCCUAACGAUAAAGUACUGUUCCGUAUUUUAAAGAAUAAAAGUCCAAAUGGUCGCAGUAUAUGCGAGAAACUGAAUAACAAUGUGAAAAAUAUUGUUGUAUUAUCAGAGGAUGAACUUUGCGAGUUAUGGCAACACAUGAAAGGCAUAUUACUAGAGGCUCAAAAAUUAUGUACACAAGCAUCGAAGGGGGACAGAUAUGUAAAAGAAUGUAACCUUAUGGUUAAAUUAAUACGCACAAUAACUGCAAUAGCUGGUGAAACCAUUGUGCAACGAAUAUUUAUUCCUAAUGUACUCCUACAAAAUGUAAUGUUACUGCAUUCCAUUGUGUUGCCUAACAUAAACGAUAAGCAGGCAAAGAAUGAAAUAUCUUACUUAUUAGAAAACUGGUGGAAAUUGGAAAUGACAUGGAGGGAAAAAGUGAUACAAAAUGCAGUUAAAUAUCUCAUUGAAGGUUGCAAAUCUUCAGUGCAAUACGUAAAACGUUUGUAUGAGAUAAGGUCCUCCAUUGCAUUACUAAAAUGCACGGAAGAUGUGCAACAGUUGCUUAAACUUGUCAGAGAAAAGACUGUGAUGUCACUUGAUGAAGGUCGAAUGUUGAUAUUACAUCUUUUUAAGCUUGGAGAGCCGUACAUAUUGGGAAUUUAUAAUAAUGUAAAAGUUGUUUUACAAAAUGUGGAGGACAGUCAUAUUGCUGCCUAUGCAAACUUGUAUGUGUCUGCAUGGUCAAAUGCAACAGCAAACGUAAAAAAGUAUAUUGUAGAGAACUGCUUGCAAAAUAUUAUUCUUCAUUGCUUUCGUGCAAACAGAGAUUCUACUGGAAGGGAAAGACUUGGUAAAAACCUGCUUUCAUUUCUUGCCGCUAUUCAUGAGAAUAAGAAUCAAGCAGCAAGAUCAAUGAUUCAUAACCAGUGUAAAAUUUUGCUGUGGAAACACUUGAAGGCUCCUGGUUCAUACAUUAGAUGUAAUGCAGUGGAAAUUCUUUUCAUGACAAGCUCUGUGCAAUACACAUGUGGUAUAAAAGAUAGAAACACAUUUUAUCUUAAGAAAUUUUAUAAGACAGUAACUGAUCUUUUGCACGAUUCUGAUUCCCAAGUCUGCAAUGUUACUAUGAUCGGGCUUUUAAGGCUAUUAGAAAAGCAUUGGAACUAUAUUCCAAACAAUAUUAUACGUCAUUGGUUAAGCAUUUUGUUGCAUUAUACGGAAACUGCUAGUAGUGCGGAAAUAAGAGCAAAUGUUUUCAUUGGUUUAAAGAAAAUAUUAAUUAAGGAACGAUCUCAUAGAAUACUUAAAGACUUCCUGCCAAAUUUUGCAAAAAGUAUUUAUGACGAAGAUCAGACAGUAUUGGAAGCAUUAAUAAAACUUCUAUGGCAUGCCCAAAAUCAACUUGGAAUACCAUUUUGGGACAUCGUACCGUUAACGUACGUUCUUGAUCGCUUACAAAGUACACAAGAUACAUUUUUGCUACAAGAAUUAAUAAAACUUGUUUGGCAACGUAUUUCUUUAAAUGGUUCGGAUAAUGAUCAAAUGAGGGAAGAAAUAGUAUAUAUAGGAAUUAAUAAUAUUCAAGCAAUUAGGAGAUUCUGUCUUCAUUCUAAAUCUGUUAUAGACUGGAAUGUGUCUGCACAACUAAUUGAAUCAAUUUUAUCUACCAUAAAAGAUGAAUUGGCAUGUAUGUCUUUAACGAAUAUAUCAAAGAAAAAUUAUAAUAAAAGGAUUAAGUUUAGCAAUAAAGAAGAUAUGGAAAAAACUGAGAAUGCAAAUAAUUGGGAACACGAAAAUCUUGAUAGCUACAGAGAUAUACAAAUAUGUAUCGAUGUAAUUGCUAUGCUAUUAGUAGCAAAUAGAAGGAAUAUAGAUGACGAUAAUUAUAACGAAGAAGAAUUAAAAAUUAUACAACUAAUUGCAAAUAUCCUGCCAGAAUUUUCAUCACACUUUAGGGAAACUCCAGUGAACGACUCAGUUAUAUUCUUAUUUUCAUUAAUACCGACGAAGUAUUUCAUCAAUAAUAUCGAAGUUAUAGAAACGUUGGCACAACAAUUGUGCAGUCCAGAUACUUCUGACAAUGUACUCCUUUCAGUUUUACAUGUUCUCAUGAAAUGGAAUAAGGGCCAGACAAUUCUGUUUGCAUUAACAAAUCUCUUUACGGAAUCAUUGAGUAUUAACACCCAAAAUAAUCAGGAUUCUUGCAAUAUCGCAACCAGUGUCAAUAUCAACGAGAAAGGCUUAGAAUUAAGCUUGCGUAUUUUAAAACAUUUAUUGCACAUUGAAUAUCAAUCAGUUUUAAUGAAUAAGUAUCAUCAAGAUGUACUUAAGUUUUGGGAGACGCUCCACGCAUGGAGAACUUUUAUAGAAAAGGGAAUAAAUAAGGAAUGCAAUAUGAAUAAUCUAAUAUCCAAAGACUUGGUUGUAAAGUUUUUUAAGGAAUACAUAUCAUUGGUCUUCUUGCUACAUAAGAAGGAUGUGUUUGACGCGUCUGAUCACUUCGCGGAAAUUCUACUGUGGGUGAAAAAGACGAUAGUACCACAUAUACCACAUGUAAACAUAGAUACCGAAAGCCGACAAAUUUGUACGGAUUUAAUAAAAUGUACUCUUGAUACCUCGAAUCUGCUGAUAAAAGAAUACAACUGUACCCCAAAGUUAUGUUGUGAUAUAGUACUUUUAUACUGUAGUUGUCUGUCUCCCACAGGCGGUGUUGUUUUCUUAAAUUAUGCAUUCGAUGCGAUACUAAAGCUACUAGAUUUUAGCAAAAUGGCUUUCGAAAACCAUGAAAGAAAUUUAUUAGAUAUCAUUGUACCAAAUUUUGUAUGUGUUACAAUGGUUACUUUAACCAGAUAUAAUCAAGAUAUUUUGGCGAAGCAUACGAACAAUUUGAAAGUAAUGCAUGAACUGACAAAAAAGUAUUUUUUUACUAUUAAAAAUACUUUUAACGAUCAAAAAAUGUGUCUCCCCUAUGUCACCAUUAUGUUUAACACUGCGAUCAGCAGUGUAAGCACAGAAAUGACUUGUGUCCUCCAAAACACGUUUAUUAAAGAGGAAGAUAUUUUAAUUACAUCAUUCCCUUACUUGGCAACGAAGAUAUUAAAAAUUAUUUUAAAUACAAAAAAGUACCAAACCUUGAGUGUUCAAGUGCUAACAAAAACAAUAGCAAGUUAUACGAAAAUUGACACGCUUUCAGCCUUAGUAAUAAUCCAUAAAAUGCUGAAAUCAUCUAACAAGACACUUGUGAACAGACUUAAAAAUACUACUCUAGCAUUCAAAGUACACAGCCAAGAACAGUCUUAUGAUACUCCUUUUGACAAGUCGAUACAAAAUGCAAUAACCAUAGCCAUUGAUGCAAUACUACAGAAGUAACUCAUUAAUGGCACAUUAAACACAGG